GGAGAAGUAAGAGAGGGGAACAAAACAGAUACACAGCUAAAGCAAAAACCCUCGCCGGUGAACAUUCGCCGGGAAGUAUACAGAUGCCGUCGUUUCCAAGUCCCGGUUCCGUUACCAUCUGCGAAAUCAACCGCGACCUCGUCACCGCCGAUAACAUUUCCGAUGAUCGAGCCAAAGAUACAUAUGGAAAGAUUCUGGGAAUGGUGUUCAGUCCACUUCCAUUUCAACCCGAUCAACCGGUGGAUGAGUCGCAACAGCAGGAAAGAAGAAAUUUAGAUGACGUUCGGCCUAACAGAAUUGAAUUAAUCACUGGCUUCGUCAAACGCAUUUUUAAACCCAAUGAAGUGAGCUUUUUGCCAGAGGUUUCUCUCCAAAGUGUUAGCUGGCACCAACAUAAACACAUUAUUGCUUUUGUUUCUGGUCCUAAUCAAGUUUUGGUCCGUGACUAUGAGGAUUCAGAAGUCAAGGAUCCUUGCAUUUUGACAAAUGAGUCCCAGAGAGAUGUUAAAGAUCUUCAAUGGAGGCCAAAUGGUGGAAAGUCACUUGGUGUUGCAUGCAAGGGUGGAAUAUGCAUCUGGGCUGCUUCUUAUCCUGGCAACACAGCAUUAGUUAGAUCUGGUGCUGCUUCAUUCUUAGGAACUCCCUAUACGGGCUCUGGAACUCGAUGGAGUUUAGUGGAUUUUCUUCGGAGUUCAAAUGAUGAACAAAUAAGUGCACUUUCAUGGAGUCCUGAUGGAAAAUAUCCUGGGUCCAGACUUUUUAUUAUGUGACAUUCAAUUUUGCUUUCUAUUGGUUUUUUUGGUUAAUAUGGGUUCAAUUUUCCACUAUCAUUGUGAAUUUUCCAUAACAUGUAUUCAAAUAUUUGGCAUCAGCCUCGUAUGAAAGUUCAUCAUUCACAGUUUGGGAUGUUGCUCAAGGCACAGUUAUGACAUUGAUUCCCUAAUUGUGUUAUUUUCAGUUAGUUUAUCCUUUGAAAUUGAAGAAUGCCUGUAAACCGUAUAAAUUGGAGGAGAAAAAAGUUAGGUAGUGAGGCGCAAUCUAGUUUAGGACUAAGCAUUGUUGAGUGUACCUUAUUAAGAUUCUUUUCUUUGCAAGUCUUCGUUCCUUUUUCUGAUUGCUGAUUUUUUUUAACAUUUCUAGGUUUGGGGACGCCUAUUCGACGGGGAUUUGGGGGAAUAUCAUUGCUUAAAUGGUCACCUACUGGAGAUUACUUUUUUGCUGCAAAAUUUGAUGGAACAUUUUAUCUUUGGGAAACAAAUACAUGGACAUCUGAACGAUGGUCUUCAACUAGUGGCCUUGUUACGGGAGCAACUUGGGAUCCUGAUGGGCAGGUGAUACUGAUUGCCUUUUCUGGGUCUUCAACAUUGGGUUCUAUUCACUUUGCAUCAAAACCUCCGUCAUUGGAUGCCCAUCUUUUCCCAGUUGAUUUGUCAGAGAUAACAUCCUUGACAGGCAGGCAAGGUAUUGAGAAGAUAGCUUGGGAUGCUUCAGGAGAGCGGCUGGCUGUAUCAUACAAAGGGGGAGAUGAUAAUUACAAGGGUCUCAUUGCAAUAUAUGAUACUAGAAGAACUCCUCUGAUAUCUGUGUCACUAAUUGGUUUUAUUAGAGGGCCUGGAGACCAUCCAAAGCCAGUGGCAUUCUCCUUCCAUGACAAGUUCAAACAGGGACCACUGCUUUCAGUGUGCUGGAGCAGUGGUUUUUGCUGUACCUACCCUCUUAUAUUCCGUUCACAAGCCCUUUCCUAGUAAAAGGUUUGUGCCUUUUCAUUCGAGUUAACUGGGUACUGGCUCAUGGUUAUUAUAUACUUACAUUUGCAUCGUUCUACAUGUAAACUUUGACUAAACUAGGUAAUCCAACUUUGCAAAUCUUGUACCAUGAAUGAUUCUUUCGGAAGCUGUGUUUGAAGCUAUUCAUCACAAGUUUCAUCUAUGUGCUACAUUAUUUUGAUAUUAGAGUCCCAAAGGAGAAAUCACCAUUUUAUUAAUAUGCCAGUCUUUCAUUGUUGCCACAAAGGAGUGUCCCUGUUUAUGUAAGCUGCAGCACUGGAGAGGAGAUGAAGUUUUGAGUUGAGGCUUUAAAGCAGCAAGUUAUGACGGAUGUUUUAUAGAAUGGAAUCUGACCAUAUAUUAUUCGAUGUAAAAUGAAAAAUUUGAGAAAUCAUGUUCUUUGUCCUUCGAGUUGCUUGGUAAUGCUAUACAUUUUGAUUGUUGGUAUCUAUGCUUGCAAAUGUGUCUUAUAUUUUGUGUAAACUAGAAGUAAGCAUCACGUAGUGACUUAAUGAUGAAUCAUGAAUGCUCACUAUAUGGUAAUUCACUAGGGAGCAGGGAGCAAUGAGAAAAAGCUUGGUAUAAAUUGUGAAAAUGAAA